AUGGCUGAUAAGCCAGUCCCAAGUAUUGAGGCUCCUCCAAGAGAGGUCGCUGUGGGCAGCACCUGGGUUCACUGUUACAACAAGAAAGUCUGGCCAGUCGAGUUCCACGUCCCGGCCAUCUUGCUUGGCAGGCACAAAUACGUUUGGGUCACGAAUGAGACGUUGCAGGAGUACGAUCCCAAUUACGACUAUGCAGCCGAAUGCGAGGUGUUUGAGCAGCCUGAUGUGCAGAAGCACGACAGCGAAGAGAUCAGGGACGAGAAGCUGCGCCGCAUGGCAUUCAAGGUUGAAGCGCCAGACUUGAACGAUCACAGCUACUGGCAUAACUAUAUUCUCAGCGAGUCGGAGGUGCGCAGACUACAGAGGAAGAGGAAUCGCCAAUACUCCGAGGACUCUGACGAUGCUGAGAUCGCCAGUGCAAAGCGCCGGUCUCAAUCGAGCUCGACCUCGCCGGAGUACGGCGGCGAGUGGUACGGCCGAACGACAAGGAGCAGCAAUGCUCGAUCGACGCAACUGCCGACUCCAAAGACGACUCCAAAGACGACUCCAAACGGCAAGCAAGUCUCCACUGAAAUUAUUGAGAUUUCCGAUCAGGAGGAGUCCGACGAAGAGGACUCCAUCAUCGUUGUAAGGCCCAGUACAAAGCUCGACCAUUCUACCAAGGGCUCGGUUGAAGGCCACAGCAAGAUCGUUCGAGCAAGACCAUCUUCCAAGGGCAUGUCUCCACCGCAGAUGACAGAUAAAGAGUGCAGAAUCCUCAUCGGCGAUAACGGGCAAAGCGUAAUCGCACGCAGAGCUCGCUGUGCCGAGUCUGGAUACCUAAAGCCACUCGAGCAGUACGACGACAAGCGCCGCGAGCACACCAUCGACCUCAACGAAAGCAAGAGAGCUGUCCAACUCAAACUGACCAACGCCGACCUAACCGGGAUCUGGGACUACCUCUGGAGGGGCGAUCUCGGCCUGAAGUUCCUGAAAGACCCUGACGACUACCAACCCUUCGGCAAACUAUCUGAUGCUAGAAAAGAAGAAGCCGCAAUACAACUAGCCUUCGCUUUCGUGACAGCAACCAAGCUCCAACUCGUGGGUCUUCAGGAUCUGGUGGAGAAGAAGCUGAAUGCUCUCUAUCCGCUGCCUCCGAUUGCUCUGCUGGCUGUUGCGCUUAUACUCACUCGGGCGCCGCCAAUGGAUGAUCAUAGUGAUGCAGAGGAGAAGGUGGUCAAUUGGCUCGUGGGAUCUGUUGCUAGUCAGUUCUGGAAUCUGGCGAAGAAUCAUGCGGGUGCUUUGCAGAGGCUCUUGCAUGAUAACGAUGACUUACGGGAGGCUGUGUUUCAUAAGAUGCAGAUCAAUGCGGAUGAGGGUCUGGAGGGGUGUGAUGAGCUCUGA